AUGGGGAUCCGAGAGUUUCCCGGCGGCGCACCCAGGAGCAAAAGCAUCGCCGUUGGCAUGAGGAGGUCACCGGACGUCAGCCCCCGGAGACUGUCCGACAUCAGCCCCCAGCUCCGGCAGCUCAAGUACCUGGUGGUGGACGAGGCUAUUAAGGAGGACCUGAAAUGGUCGCGCUCUGUGGAGGACCUCACUAGCGGGCCCGUGGGGCUCACGUCCAUUGAGGAGCGGAUCCUGCGCAUCACAGGCUACUAUGGCUACCAGCCCUGGGCAGCGAGCUACAAAAGGGAGGAGCGCCCCCGGGACUCCCCGGGCCCGGCGGAGGCCCAGGCACCGGCUGGGGCGGAUGCCAGCGGCCGAACGAGCCACCCCUGCUGGAGAUGCUCCCGGGCACAGCUCAAGAAGAUUUUCUGGGGCGUGGCGGUGGUGCUGUGCGUGUGUUCCUCCUGGGCGGGCUCCACGCAGCUCGCCAAGCUGACCUUCAGGAAGUUCGAUGCUCCCUUCACCUUGACGUGGUUUGCCACCAACUGGAACUUUCUGUUUUUCCCGUUGUAUUACGUGGGGCACGUCUGCAAGUCGGAGGAGAAGCAGUCUGUGAGGCAGAGAUACAGGGAAUGCUGUCGAUUUUUUGGAGACAAUGGCUUGACUUUGAAGGUGUUUUUUACCAAGGCAGCACCCUUUGGUGUUCUUUGGACACUCACAAACUACUUGUACUUACAUGCAAUAAAGAAAGUAAACACUACGGAUGUCUCCGUGUUGUUCUGCUGCAACAAAGCUUUUGUGUUCUUGCUCUCAUGGAUCGUUCUCAGGGACAGGUUCAUGGGAGUGAGGAUCGUGGCCGCCAUCCUCGCCAUUGCUGGGAUCGUGAUGAUGACCUACGCCGACGGCUUCCACAGCCACUCUGUCAUCGGCAUAGCGCUGGUGGUGGGCUCUGCGUCCAUGUCUGCCCUGUACAAGGUUCUGUUCAAGCUCCUCCUGGGCAGUGCUAAGUUCGGAGAAGCCGCCUUAUUUUUGUCCAUUUUGGGCGUGUUUAACAUCCUCUUCAUCACCUGUAUCCCCGUUAUCCUCUACUUCACCAAAGUGGAAUACUGGAGCUCGUUCCAUGACAUCCCAUGGGGGAACCUUUGUGGAUUUUCAGUCCUCUUGUUGACAUUCAAUAUCGUAUUAAAUUUUGGAAUCGCUGUUACGUAUCCCACUCUGAUGUCUGUGGGAAUCGUCCUCAGUGUACCUGUGAAUGCAGUGGUGGAUCACUACACCAGUAAGAUAGUCUUCAACGGGGUGCGGGUUAUCGCCAUCAUCAUCAUCGGCCUGGGCUUCCUCCUCCUGCUUCUGCCCGAGGAGUGGGACGUCUGGCUCAUCAAGCUUCUCACCCGCCUCAAAGUGAGGAAGAAGGAGGAGACGGCGGAGGGCGGCGCGGACCCGGGCUCGGGGCCUCAGAGCAAGAGCCGAAGGGCCCGGCCCUCCUUCGCGCGCUGACCGCGGCCCUGCAGGACUCUGCGGCGAUCGCUCACGCUCGGGUUAGGGCCUCGGAGGUCUGCUCCGGACGGGGGAACCCUCGGUUGGGUAAGGUGUGUACAUACCUGUACAGUUCCGGUAACCUGCGGUAAGUUAUACGGUAUUUAUUGGCAUGUCCAAUUUGCUUGCACUUUUCCCACAUCAGACCUUUCACCCAAGGGUACCAGUUCCAAGUGGAA